AUGGCCGACGACGAGGAGCGCAUUAAGGCUGAGAAGCUAGCCGCAGCCAAGAAAAGGGUUGCCCAGCUCCAGAAGAAAAAGAAGGCUAAGAAGACUCCCGCCACUGGAGCGGAUACACCCAAGGAGGCAGAUGUCCCAACAGAGACACAACCUGAUGAAGAUGCCCCGAGCCCAGAGACACUGCAAGUAGAUGCCCCCGCGGAGGAGAAGCCAAACAUACAGGAUGAACCGGCCGCACAACCCGAGGCCGCAGCCCCCAACAACCAGCGGAAGUAG